AUGGCCAGCCACGUGGACCUGCUGACGGAGCUGCAGCUGCUGGAGAAGGUGCCCACUCUGGAGCGGCUGCGUGCUGCUCAGAAGCGCCGGGCCCAGCAGCUGAAGAAGUGGGCACAGUAUGAGCAGGACCUGCAGCACCGCAAGCGCAAACACGAGCGGAAGCGCAGCACGGGCGGUCGGCGCAAGAAAGUCUCCUUCGAGGCCAGCGUGGCGCUGCUGGAGGCUUCACUGAGGAACGACGCUGAGGAAGUACGCUACUUCCUGAAGAAUAAGGUCAGCCCUGAUUUGUGCAAUGAGGAUGGACUCACGGCCCUGCACCAGUGCUGCAUCGACAACUUUGAGGAUAUCGUUAAGCUGCUCCUUUCCCAUGGUGCAAAUGUGAAUGCCAAGGACAACGAGCUGUGGACGCCUCUGCAUGCCGCAGCCACCUGCGGCCACAUCAACCUGGUGAAGAUCCUCGUUCAGUAUGGGGCUGACUUGCUCGCCGUCAACUCUGACGGGAACAUGCCGUAUGACCUGUGCGAGGACGAGCCCACCCUGGAUGUCAUCGAGACCUGCAUGGCGUACAAGGGCAUCACCCAAGAGAAAAUCAAUGAGAUGCGGUCUGCACCUGAGCAGAAGAUGAUUGGAGACAUCCACUGUAUGAUUGCAGCUGGCCAGGACCUGGACUGGAUAGACGGCCAGGGUGCCACACUGCUGCACAUAGCUGGAGCCAAUGGAUACCUGCGGGCAGCUGAGCUCCUCCUGGACCAUGGAGUGCGUGUGGAUGUGAAGGACUGGGAUGGCUGGGAGCCCCUGCACGCAGCUGCCUUCUGGGGACAGAUGCAGAUGGCAGAGCUGUUGGUAUCCCAUGGGGCCAGUCUCAGUGCUAGGACAUCCAUGGAUGAGAUGCCAAUAGACCUGUGUGAGGAGGAGGAGUUCAAGGUCCUGCUGCUGGAACUAAAACACAAGCAUGACGUGAUCAUGAAGUCACAGCUGAGGCACAAAUCAUCCUUGAGCCGCAGGACAUCCAGCGCGGGCAGCCGCGGGAAGGUGGUGCGUCGAGCCAGCCUAUCAGACAGGACCAACCUGUACAGAAAGGAAUACGAGGGGGAGGCCAUCCUGUGGCAGCAGCGGAGUGCAGCCGAGGAUCAGCGGAGCUCAGCCUACAACGGGGACAUCAGGGAGACCAGGACAGAUCAGGAGAACAAGGACCCUAACCCCAGGCUGGAGAAGCCCGUGUUACUCUCCGAAUUUUCUACCAAGAUCCCACGGGGUGAACUGGACAUGCCUGUUGAGAAUGGCCUCCGGGCUCCGGUCAGUGCCUACCAGUAUGCACUGUCCAAUGGGGAUGUCUGGAAGGUACAUGAGGUGCCUGACUACAGCGUGGCCUAUGGCAACCCCAGCAUGGCUGAUACCACCCCACCUUGGAGUGGCUACAAGGAGCAGAGCCCCCAGACGCUUCUGGAGCUGAAGCGGCAGCGGGCUGCAGCCAAGCUGCUCAGCCACCCCUUCCUCAGCACCCACCUGGGCAGCAGCAUGACCAGGACGGGGGAGGGCAGCAGUGAAGGCAAGGCCCCCUUGAUCGGAGGCAGAACUUCCCCGUACAGCAGCAAUGGGCCCUCAGUGUACUACACGGUCACCAGCGGGGAUCCCCCGCUCUUGAAGUUCAAGGCCCCCAUGGAGGAGAUGGAGGAGAAAGUCCAUGGCUGUUGCCGCAUCUCCUAG